AUGCAGCAGGUUCCUGCGGUGGACGAAGGUUUUCCUCUUUCAUUUUCAGCGGUCGACCCUCUGAUGCACCGUCUUCCUCACGCUGCAGAUGGACCUGUUCUAGUUCCUUUACGAUUUUUUCCUCUCAGUCCUGGACGCUACCCUUGUAAAAUAUUUUUGACAUCAAAGUGUGAUGUGCGUGUCUAUUACAUUGAAGGCGUGGUGAAUGAAGAACAACCAGAGGCCAGAUUUGAGUUUGAAACACCAGCAUUUGAAACCCUUACCCAGGAUAUUCCAAUAAAUAAUAAAACAAAGAAUGAAUGGAAAUGUCAAGUUACUAUAGAAGGAAAAUGGUUUUAUGGACCUUCUAUUUUACAUGUUGGAGCAGGCGAAACUGUGCAGUAUCCUCUCACGUUCAAACCAAUUUUGGAAUGUGAGAUAAUGGGAAAACUUAUUCUACAAAAUGAAGUAGAUGGUAUGAAGUACAUCUUUGACAUAAAAGGGGUUGGAAGAAAACCUAUAGCCUUGGAAAACAUCACUGUGGAAUGUCAAGUGGGGAAAAUAACAAAUAAACCCAUAAUGGUGCCUAGUUAUACAAAGACUCCUCUAACAUAUGAGGUAUCUUCAGAUCUUCCAAUAGUGUGGGGAAUUCCACAAGUCACUAUACAUGCUGGUAAUUCAAUUCCAUACAUUCUGCAUGUGUCGCCUUGGAAACGUGGUGUAUUCAAAGGUGCAAUUUCAUUUUCUGUUAAAAGCAGAGAAGAUGAUGAUUUUGAAGAAGACACAGAUCAAGAUAGAAAGUCCUCCUUUCAGGAAUCAAUAACAGAAAUAGCCCACUCUCUUGAUGAGGGAGACUCAGAUGAUGAUGUUAGCAAUUUAAGAAUCUGGUAUGAUCUUGAGAUCCAUAGCUCUCCUGGACCACCCUUAGAUGUUAUUGAGACGAAGUGUACCGCUCUGGACACCACCUGCAUUGAAAUACCUCUCUUUAACCCAAAAGACAGAAUUAUUUGCUUAGAUGUGAAAUUAACAAAUGCUGCCCUUAAUGGAUUCAAGGAAAUUAUACUGAGACCUCUAGAAUGUUUCAACUAUGUUGUACAGUAUACUCCAGCAGCUACGGGCUGUAUAGAUGAAAGCCUUAUUUUUCAGCCUGAAAUGGCUCAAGAGUUCUGGUAUUUACUGAAAUUAACUACUGAAUUACCAAAACCAACUGUAAUGCCAAAAAUGAAACAUGACCUUGGAAAAUAUGACACUCAGAUCAUUCCCUUAGUUAAUCCUACACAUGAAACUUUAGAAUUGCAAGCAACAAACAGUAAUUCUGAAAAUUUUGUCCUGGAUGUUAACAGAGGAUCAUCACUGAUCAUACCUCCUCACACCACCAAAGAGAUAUCUGUUCACUUUUAUCCUUCUGCACUUGGAAGAGCUGGUCAUAAAGCUUCUAUCAACUUCCACUGUGCUCAG